AUGUUCACUCGUACUUCACUCGCGUCUCUUACCCUCCUUGCUGUCUCGGCGAAUGCUACUCGUAACUGCUCUGGCUCUGAUGCGCCCUUGGGAAUACAUAGACGGAGUCCGAAUAAUGACAAUAAGGUUUUGGUACAAAUGUUUGGCUGGAACUGGAAGAGUAUCGCCGCUGAGUGCGAAUCCUUCCUGGGACCAGCAGGUGUCGGCUUUGUCCAAGUCAAUCCUCCCCAGGAACAUUUAAGUGGUGACCAGUGGUGGGUAGACUACCAGGCAGUCAGCUAUCAGCUUCAGUCAAGGCGUGGUUCGCGCUCCGAUUUUGCGGAAAUGGUUGGUCGUUGCAAAAGCGUAGGCGUAAAGGUCUCGGUUGAUAUGAUAUGGAAUCACAUGGCCGGAGUGGAGAAUGGUAUUGGUAACGCUGGAACUCACUUCAGUCACUACAACUACCCUGGGUUAUUUAGUUGGAACGAUUUCCACCAUUGCGGAAAGACCAAUAAUGAUGACAUCCAAAACUGGGGCGAUCGUGACCAGAUUUGGAACUGCGAAUUGGUCAAUCUCGCCGAAUCAGUUUAUGUGCAAGACAAACUUGCUGCCUUCACGAACGACCUUCUCACUCUUGGCGUCGAUGGAUUACGCCUUGACGCGGCAAAGCACAUGCACCCCGAUGAUAUUCGUGCGAUUAUGGGCAAACUUUCCCGCCGACCACUCUAUGUUUCCCAGGAGAUCGUCGAUACUGAAGGGUCUCUAGCUGGCAUGUACACCGACAUCGGUGAUGUUCAAGAAUUCCGGUACCCAGAGGCACUAAAGGCUGCAUUCAUAUCAGAUGGAAUCGCCGGACUUCGUGGGAUUGAGAACCGAGGGUGGUUGCCAUCCAAUUCGGCCAACGUCUUUGUGACGAAUCAUGACCAAGAGCGAGGGGGUAGCGCAUUGACUUAUAAGUCAGGCAAUACGUAUACGUUAGCCCAUGUUUUCAUGUUGUCCUAUCCCUAUGGCACUCCAACUAUUCUUUCCAGUUAUGAAUUCAAUGAUAGCAAUGCGGGAGCUCCUAAUGGUGCAUAUGGUACCUGCAAUGGUGCCGGGGGUUCUAAUGGCUGGCUAUGUCAACACCGUUGGAAUGCUAUCGCUGGUAUGAUCAGAUUCUACAACCAAGUUGGCACUGCCGACUUGAACAAUUGGGUACAAGAAUCCAAUCAGCAAAUCGGAUUCGGACGCGGAAGCACGGGUUUUGUAGCCAUAAAUAACGAAGACAGAGAGUGGGCGCGUACUUUUCAGACAUCACUCCCAAGUGGUAGCUACUGUGAUGUGGUGAGCGGUAGGAAAAGUGGUGGUGACUGCACCGGCGGAAAGGUGACAAUCUCCAACGGCUCUUUCACUGUGACUGUGCCCGCUCGCACUGCGCUUGCCUACCACACUGGUGCCAAGAGCUAA